UGCGCAGAAGUUCCGUGCGAAACCACCCGGAAAUCGGGUGCUGCUUAGAGCCCCGCCUCCUUAUGGUCACCUGAUGAGCUUGACAGUCCACUGCUGGCGCCGCGUCAGCUGAUCUUGGAGUUGUGCUGCGUGCCGGCCGGUCCGGUCCGGGUCCUCUGGUCCCGCCGCCCCAGACGCAGCCAUGUCGUUCUUCCCGGAGCUUUACUUCAACGUGGACAAUGGCUAUUUGGAGGGGCUUGUGCGCGGCCUGAAGGCCGGAGUGCUCAGCCAGGCGGACUACCUUAAUCUGGUGCAGUGCGAGACGCUCGAGGACCUGAAGCUACACUUGCAGAGCACUGACUAUGGCAACUUCCUGGCCAAUGAGGCGUCACCACUGACAGUGUCCGUCAUCGAUGAUCGGCUUAAGGAGAAGAUGGUGGUGGAGUUCCGCCACAUGAGGAACCAUGCCUAUGAGCCACUCGCCAGCUUCCUGGACUUCAUUACUUACAGCUACAUGAUUGACAACGUAAUCCUGCUCAUCACGGGCACUCUGCACCAGCGCUCUAUCGCCGAGCUCGUGCCCAAGUGCCACCCACUAGGCAGCUUUGAGCAGAUGGAGGCCGUGAACAUCGCGCAGACACCCGCUGAGCUCUACAAUGCCAUUCUGGUGGACACGCCCCUGGCGGCUUUUUUCCAGGACUGCAUCUCAGAGCAGGACCUGGAUGAGAUGAACAUCGAGAUCAUCCGCAACACGCUCUACAAGGCCUACCUGGAGUCCUUCUACAAGUUCUGCACCCUACUGGGCGGGACCACGGCUGAUGCCAUGUGCCCCAUCUUGGAGUUUGAAGCAGACCGCCGCGCCUUCAUUAUCACCAUCAACUCCUUCGGCACAGAGCUGUCCAAGGAGGACCGUGCCAAGCUCUUUCCUCACUGUGGACGUCUCUACCCUGAGGGCCUGGCCCAGCUGGCCCGGGCCGACGACUACGAGCAGGUCAAGAAUGUGGCUGACUACUACCCGGAGUACAAGCUGCUCUUUGAAGGUGCGGGCAGCAACCCCGGAGACAAGACUCUGGAGGACCGAUUCUUUGAGCACGAGGUGAAACUAAACAAGUUGGCCUUCCUGAACCAGUUCCACUUUGGUGUUUUCUACGCCUUUGUGAAGCUCAAGGAGCAGGAGUGUCGCAACAUUGUGUGGAUUGCCGAGUGCAUUGCUCAGCGCCACCGCGCCAAGAUUGACAACUACAUCCCCAUCUUCUAGCAGCCUGGCCCAAGGUUCCCCGUGUGUGUGUGUGUGUGUGUGUGUGUGUGUGUGCGCGCGCGCGCGCGCGCGUGCUGUGACCAAGCCCACAGCUCACCCACCUGCCACUAGCACAUUGUCCUAGUGGCUGUCCAGCUUCCCUCUCUCUGAAACCUCUCUUGGGCCUGAAAAGGGGCUAGGCAUCUGCUUGCCCCACCAAGAAUGGACCAAGUCCCUCCCUCUAGAGCAAGGAGGCCCUCUUUAGCCCUAUGUUUAUAGCUGCUGACGUAUCUGAGAAGCAUGUGGUCACUUUCGUGUCCCUCCCUCAUGUACAAACCUCUGGGGGCAGUGUGAGCCUCCUCUCCCCUUGGUGGGUUCCCCCAGAGGCAUGGCCCAGGGGCAGCCUACAGUGUGUGUCCUUGGGGAAUGGGGGAAAUAGCUCUGCCCCUCUAAGACAAUAAAAACUGCCCUGUCUGAG